GAUUGGUAUAGGUGAGGUACUAAUUCAAACAAAACCAGACAGAUUCUUACAUAUCGGUUACUUUUACUUAAAUAAAAAAAAUUGUAAGUAUAUAAAUUCUCUAGGACCUAACUACUGUAAUUCUUGUUUACUUAAAUAAUACUACACAAUAGUUACCGUAAAUAUUUUCACUUGUUAGGUGCAUCGUUCCUUCAAACGACGUCACAUUCUUCAUUCAUUACGGCGCACAUUUUGUGAGUCGCCGCGUGGACGCUAGGCCGAGUGGGGCGGCCAAACCGGUGUCAGUUCGCAAACAGCCGAGGCCGUGUUAGAUUGUGUUUCCGAACGCAACACGAGUUACGGGCGGUUACCGAACGUGGAGGAAAUGUCAUUAUAAGCUGAUAUUUUUCGGCGGCCUGCAUAAAUCUUGUGAUUUUCGAAAUACAGUGAUAUCGUGUAAUUAAUAAUACAGUAAAUUUAGAUCUAAAUACAGUAACGUCGAAAUCCGUUAUGUAGCCCGUAUGAUUUACUAUUAGGUUUCGUAGUUAUUGACGUUUGUGUUUUAAUAACCCAGUUGCGUAUACCAAAACAAAUUAGUUGUAAUCGAAAUUCAUAGAAAUCUGUACUGUUUUCGUGUGUGAAAAUGUCCUGUGACUCGAUUUCUCGAUGAAUUGUAGUGUCGAACCGAAUGUUGUGAGCUUAUUCGAGUGGAUUAUCGAAUUAGGUAUGACCUUCUAAAUGAAGGAGUCGUAUCCUGAUGAAAUUAUGCUCUGUUUCGUCCAAGGAUUUGGUGAGAGUGAGCGCGGGUACAAUAAGAACCGUGAGUUUGACGGGAAUGUGUCUGAUUCUAAUUUGAAGUAUAAGAAGAGUCAGAAGGUUCCUUUAGAGUUGGAGGGUGGCGAGGCUGAGCAGCCUGUAGAGCUAAGGGCUAAGAAGUCCCAGGGCCUGGUCACCGGGAAGUCGCUGAGGCUGUCCUCUGGAGGGCGUAACCCGGAGGUCAAGAGAAGUCUUAGUGACCGCUUCUCAGUCAUCACUGAUGCAGGAGGGAAGAGGCCAGCGAAAGGUCUCUUGACCAUUAGAAAAACUUGGUCAACCGGCAAUUUCGCGGCCGGCGCGGCGGGUGGCGGGUGCGGGGCCCCGCGCUCCGCCCCCGCCACCCCGCUGCAGCUCGAACCAUCACACCCCCGCACUAAGCACGAUAAACAGGCCAUAAAGCCCUUGUCGGGGUCAGCGCCGUCGGUGCGGGCAGCUGGGGCCGGCAAGACCGGUACUGGCGACACCACCGAUGGCAAACAACCGAGCAAGUCGCGCCAGAAGAAGUUCCAGAGGCACUUCCCGCAAGUGGGACCUGAGGAGAAGGUGCUCAAUUGUAAGGAUCAGUUUAAUUUAGCCAUCUAUGGCUUAUGCCUUAUUCAGUCUAAAGUAUUGCGGACGAGGUCAUACAGGUGGACGUGGUGGCGGAAUAGUCGUGGCAAUCAAUUAGUUCACUUAGAAAGGGCAAGGAAGCUUGCUGUGAUUAUUCAAAAAGGUUAUCAUAAUCGCAUUUUAGAAACCCACAAUGCCCAUCCUCAAAUAGAAUUCUUGUCUGCUUGUGAUGACUAA